AUGUGCAUCCAGCUCGUCGCUGUGUGCUCCUGGUGCGGCCUCGAGACUUUUGGGUAUCACCUCGUCAAGCCUUGCGAAGUGAGAGCCUAUGAGUUCAGCACCGUAGACCUGAUGCUGUUCAACGACUACCUCAGCCGGUGUCGUGAAUACGGACUUGGAAGUGCGCUGGUCUUGCACCAGCAGGUGCAAAAUCCUCGGGGCCAGCUGAUCUUCGAGGUCUUGAUGCAAAAUAGGCCCAUCUUUACCAUCCGAGACAGAACGACACUGAUAAACACAGCCGUGGAUGCUGGCUGGGGCUCAGGGCUCGCUUGGUUCACCCAGCAGCUCAUGGCUGGCAACAACGUUGGCUUUCAAGGAGUUCAGCUUGGUCAUGCCGGUCAAUACCUUCAGCCCGGCCUGCCUUACAUGCCCAGGCCAGCUCUUCCCUACGACCAGAUCCCCGCUAGAGAAGAGCAUGCCGCUGCGGGUAACGAUGUUCUCGACGACGCCUAUCCGGAUCCUAUUGUCGACCAAGGGUUCGGGGCCGAGGAGUUUGACAACGGUGAGUUCGACCUCAACCAACAGGAGCGGGACAACCACGGCACUGUUAAGAACCGGGCUAGCUCGUCGACUCGGUCUCGGAUUCAACGGGGUGGGGACCCGUGGACCGAUGAAGACGACAAAUUCCUUGUCCGCCUCAAUGCAGAAGGGCUGUCAGAUUGGGACAUCAUUGAGCAAUACCCCGAGGUAUUCGGUGGCCGCACUACGAGCGCCCUCGAGACACGACGUUCUAGGCUGAAGAGGACACAACGAGCUCGAGCUCGGGCAGCCGCAGCCAACGCCGGCUGCAAACCGGGUAAAGUCAAUCCUCGCCGGGAGCCCGACUCGGAUACCGAACCCGAACCCGGCCCUGGCGCAAACCCCGGCACAAGCUACAGUGAGGGUCAAAUCGCAGCCUACUGGGAAGCCUAA